AAAAACAGGAAAUGCAACUGUCAGCUUCUUCUUCACAUUCUGCACCUUGUAAAUCAUCGUCGCCACUAUUGCUUCUUUUAGUUUUCGUUCCUCUGAUACUAGUCUCGCUAAUUGUAGUUUGUACACCAAAUUCUGUCAGUAGUAGCACUACUACUCCAUCCAACCACUUGUUCUCUUUGGCUUCUCAGCGAUGGUCAACUUGGGAUAAUACUAAGACUAACCACAUAGACAGUACUGAUACUGCUAACAGUAAUAAAACUGGGACUAAUGAUGGCGAAGCCAUACUACUGCCGGUUUCGGACAUGAAUGAAGAUGAUCAUGAGCAACAAGCCCUCUUCAAUUCUUCCACCUCAUUUAUCAAGCCCUCCGGCUCGUCAACUGCUAAUUCACAACAACUGCAGGCUACUGAUCUAACCCCGUCAACAGUCGUCGGAAAUGAAGAUUACACACCUUCAACAAAAUAUGAACAUAGAUACACAAAAUUAGAGAAGAUUGAAGUAGGUCUUGCCAGAGCUCGAAGUUUGAUCAAAGGAGCUUCUAGGAAUCGCAGUACAACCGAAAAUGGUAGAGAUUAUGUUCCUCAAGGAGCCAUUUACAAAAAUGCCUACUCAUUCCAUCGAAGCUAUAUUGAGAUGGAGAAGAAAUUUAAGAUAUUUGUAUACGAAGAAGGAGAGCUACCAAUAUUCCAUGACGGUCCAUGCAAAAGCAUUUACUCCACGGAAGGAUUGUUCAUUCACCAAAUGGAGAUGAAUAAUCAUUUCCGAACCAAAGAUCCCGAUGAAGCACACGUUUUCUUCCUGCCAUUUAGUGUUGUAAGGAUGGUUCAGUACCUUUAUGUGCCUGAUUCUCAUGAAAUCAAAUCCAUUGGUCGCACCGUGGUGGACUAUGUAGAUGUUGUCGCUCGUAAAUAUCCAUACUGGAACCGGAGCAACGGUGGCGAUCAUUUCAUGCUGUCGUGUCACGACUGGGGGCCUCGUACAUCUUCCUUCGUUCCUGAGCUAUUCAACAAUUCCAUUCGGGUAUUAUGCAAUGCUAACACCUCAGAAGGAUUCAACCCCUCCAAAGAUGCAUCAUUUCCUGAGAUUCAUUUACGAACUGCAUAUGCAACUGCUCAGCUAGGUGGUCUUUCACCUUCUGGCCGUAGCGUACUUGCAUUCUUUGCUGGGGGUUUGCAUGGUCAUAUCAGAUAUUUACUUCUGAAUCAAUGGAAAAACAAAGAUCAAGAUGUUCUAGUUUAUGACAGGGUCCCGAAAGGAGUGUCCUACGACAAUAUGAUGAAGACUAGCAAAUACUGUCUUUGCCCAAGUGGGUAUGAAGUUGCGAGCCCUAGAAUUGUCGAAGCAAUAUAUGCAGAAUGCGUUCCGGUGUUGAUCUCUGAUCAUUAUGUUCCUCCGUUCAGCGAUGUUUUAAAUUGGAAGUCAUUUUCAGUUCAGAUUUCUGUCAGUGACAUUCCAAAUAUAAAGAAAAUUCUAAUGGGAAUAUCGCAAAGUCAGUACAUUAGAAUGCAAAGGAGAGUGAAACAAGUUCAGAAACAUUUUGUUGUGACUAAUGACUCUCCUAAGCGAUUCGACGUCUUUCACAUGACUCUUCACUCGAUUUGGUUGCGAAGAUUGAACUUUCGGGUUGCUGGCAUCUGAUUGACGGUUCAGUCGUUACUAAUUUAUUUUUUUCCUCUGAACCCUGUAAUCAGAUAAUAAUCAAUCAGAGAGAGAGAGGUUGAGAAAGAAUUUUGUGUAGCUACAUAAGAAAUUUUAUA